AUGGCAAUUUCCGAACAUACCCGGGCUGAUGCAGCCAGGAUCAGGAAAUUGCUCGAGUCUCUGACGCUGGAGGAAAAAUGUACUCUGUUAUCUGGAAAGAACAUGUGGGAAACGGCAGCGAUUGAACGACUCGGCAUCAAAAGCCUCAAGACAAGUGACGGUCCAGCCGGCGUGCGCGGUUCCCGAUGGACAGACGGAACACACACAACUCAUAUUCCGUGCGGAAUCUCGCUCGCAGCCACCUUUGACCCGGACCUGGUUGAAAAGGUCGGCACCAUCCUGGGAUCAGAAGCCAAGAGCAAGGGCGCCCAUGUCCUUCUCGCGCCGACCAUGAACAUCAGCCGCUCUCCAUUCGGCGGUCGUAACUUUGAGAACUUUGGCGAGGAUCCGUUCCUGACGGGCAACAUGGCAACCGCGUAUAUCCGCGGCGUUCAGAGCAUGGGCACUGGGGCUUGCAUGAAACACUACGUCGCCAACGAUAUGGAGACGCGUCGGUUCAACAUGGACGAGAAGAUUGAUGAGAGGACACUGCGAGAAAUCUACCUCAGGCCCUUUCACAUGGCGCUCGAGGCUCAACCUCUGACUGCGAUGACGGCUUACCCCAAGGUGAACGGCCACCAUGUGGACACAAGCCGAUAUCUUGUCCACGACAUUCUUCGCCAGGAGUGGGGAUACAAGGGCCUGGUCAUGAGUGACUGGGGUGGCCUCAACUCGACGGUCGACAGCAUCUGCGCAACAACAGAUCUUGAGAUGCCGGGCCCUCCGCUUCGAUAUGGCAAGGCAUUGAUGGAGGCGGUGCAAAUGGGCCAGGUGUCGGAGACCGAGCAUGUCGACCCUUCUGUCCAGCGGCUGUUACAGCUGCUCCAGAAGUUCAAGCUUCUGGGCCGAGAAGAACAGCUCUCCAUCACCAGCGAUGCUGAGGCCGAAAUCACAGCCAACGAGGUUGAGACAGACACGCCUGAGUUCCGCAGAAUCACAAGAGAAGCUGCAUCCCAGGGCAUUGUUCUCCUCAAGAACGACAAUCUGCUUCCUCUAGAUCCGCGAGCCAUUCGAAAGUUGGCAAUCAUCGGACCUAACGCAAGGAAUCCCACCAUCGGCGGAACCGGCAGUGCAAUCGUCAACCCGUACUACAUCACCACCCCAUACGAGUCGAUCACGUCUCUCUCCAAAGAGAGAAACCCGGAUAUGGAGAUAGUACACGAGCAGGGCAUCUUUACGCAUUUGCAACCACCUUUGAUCGGCCACUGCCUCACGAGGCCGGGUAGUGGCACUCCGGGUCUCCAAGUCGACUUCUUCGCAGGACAGAGGUUCGAGGGCGACAUCGUGGCAACCACUUUCUGGCAGGAUUCUCUCGUCUAUUUCAUGAGCGACGGAGAUGUUCCUGCUCCUCUGCGCGGUACCAUUUUCAGCUAUAGGGCCACCGGACUCCUCCGUCCCAGCGUCACGGGAGUCUAUGAUUUUAGCUUGUCCAACACGGGCAAGGCGAAGCUCUUCAUAGACGGGGAGCUCCUGAUCGACAAUACGGAGUGGACCAAGAUCAGUGGGAACUUUAUGAAUUGCGGAAGCGUAGAGUGCUUCUCCAGCAAGUUCUUGGAGGCUGGUAAGACUUACGAGCUGAGGGUUGACAAUGUCGUCGUUCCUCCUCCCACUAAGCCACACGACAACACACUCUUCCAUAAGAUCUCGGGGGUGCGGGUUGGCUUGCUGUUUAGGCACGACGAGGAAGCCAUGUUCCGCAACGCCGUAGGCGCAGCACAGGAUGCAGACGCCGUCAUCUUUGUAGUUGGUCAUAACAACGAUACCGAGAGGGAAGGGUCUGAUCGGACAUCGCUGUCUCUUCCACGCCGCACAGAUGAACUUGUCUCAGCUGUUUGCGCCGCCAACAAGAACGUGGUCGUGGUGGCACAGUCCGCCUGCGCCAUAAGCAUGCCUUGGGCUGGUGCAGCCAGUGCCAUUGUGCAUGCGUGGUACCAGGGGCAAGAGUGUGGAAACGCCAUAGCUGAUGUCCUUUUCGGGCUCGUCAACCCGUCAGGCAAACUCCCCCUGACUUUCCCCCGCAGGAUUGAGGACCACGGCUCCAACAAGUGGUUCCCUGGCGACGCAAUCGCAGAUAAGGCCGAGUAUGGGGAGGGCAUCCUGGUGGGAUAUCGCUGGUUUGAUCAGCAAGACAUUCAGCCGCUGUGGCCUUUUGGCUAUGGCCUGUCUUACACCACGUUUUCCAUCACUGACGCAAUCAUCAAGGGCAAAGUGAGGCGAGAUGGUUCCUCCAGUGCUGUCGUGCAAGUUGCCAUCACAAACACGGGAAGCCUACUUGGAAGCGAGGUGGUUCAGCUUUAUGUGUCUUCUUCCACACGUAUCAGCAGCUCUGGUCUCUCUUCCGCCCCUAGAGCCCUCGCCGGGUUUAGAAAAGUCACUGUAGACCCGGGAGAGAGCAAGAUGGUCAGCAUCGAGUUGGCAGCCACAGCCUUUUGGUGGUUCGAUCCCAAUGCGCAGGGUACAGCCCGCGGUGCGUGGAGGCUCGAUGAGGGCACGUACAAGUGUUACGUUGGUGCCAGCUCACGCGACUUCGCCAAGGAGUUGGAUGUGAUUGUGGGAUAA